AUGGACUAUUUUUCUGAAGGUGAUAAGAAUACUAGAUACUUCCAUAGUCUGGUAAAAGGUAGAAGAAAAAAAAUCCAGAUUAAGAGGAUUAAAGAUGAUGCUGGUAAUUGGCUUGAGGAUGUUGAUAGUGUUGCUGCUCAGGCUGUCAACUUUUUCCACAAACAAUUUACUCAUGAAGAGGUUAGUGAAGAUUCUCCAAUUUUUAAUCAUAUUCAAGAGUUGAUCAGAGAAGAGGAUAAUAUACUACUUGCUGAACAACCUACUAUGGAGGAAGUACAUAAGGCAGUAUUUGAAUUAAAUGGGGAUAGUGCCUGUGGCCCUGAUGGAUUUUCUGGUAUAUUUUAUCAGAAGUGUUGGGAGGUGAUAAAGGAUGAUGUAUAUGGGGUUGUUAAAGCUUUCUUUGAAGGACAUAGUCUUCCCAAGUCAAUCACUCACACAAAUCUGGUUUUACUACCAAAGAAGACUGUUGUUGAGGCAUUUUCUGAUAUGAGACCUAUAAGUCUUAGCAACUUUAUCAAUAAGGUCAUAUCAAGAGUAGUUCAUGACAGACUUGAUAAGCUUCUUACAAGGGUGAUCUCUCCAAAUCAAACUGGUUUUGUUAAGGGCAUGAAUAUAAUUGAGAAUGUGUUGUUGACACAAGAAAUUGCUCAUGGUUUCUUUCAUUCUACAAGGGGUGUCAAGCAAGGGGAUCCACUAUCUCCUGCUCUUUUCAUUAUUGCUGCAGAAGCCCUUUCAAGGGCAUUAAAUUUUUUGUUUGAUCAGCCUGGUUUUGUUGGAUAUGGGAUGCCAAAGUGGAGUGCUGAUUUCAAUCAUCUGGCAUAUACAGAUGAUACAAUCAUUUUUUCUGCAGCACAUAACCAAUCUUUACAGAUGAUCAUGGAUACUCUUCAGGAAUAUGAGAAAGUAUCUGGACAGCUGAUAAACAAGAGGAAAAGUUUUUUUUAUAUGUUCAACAAAGUAUCACAGGAGUUAAGUCAGCAGGUUGCAACAAUAACAGGAUUUGUGAGAGGUCAUUUUCCUUUUACAUAUCUUGGAGUACCAAUUACUCGUGCCAGGAAAAGGAAAGUGGAUUAUACUGCAUUAUUGAAGAAAGUCAAAGACAGAUUACAAACCUGGAAAGGCAAGUUGCUGUCUUAUGGAGGAAAAGCAGUGUUGAUUACAAGUGUCCUUCAAAGUAUUCCAAUUCAUGUUUUAUCUGCUAUAAGGCCUCCUAAAUGUGUUAUAAAGGAACUACACAGGAUCUUUGCCGGAUUGUUUUGGCAUAAUAAGGAGGAAGGAAGAUGCAGACACUGGGCAGCUUGGCUUAACAUGUGCAUUCCCAAACAAGAAGGAGGUUUGGGUUUCAGUUAUGUGGUUCCCCAGUCCUGGCAAAUCAAUGAGCAUGCUGAAGAUGUUUCUGAACUAAUGACAGAUGGAGGCUGGAAUAUCAGCAAACUCAUGCAGCUGUUUCCUUUUAAAGUCCCAAUUGAUGAAGUGGUGGCAAGUAUUGGCAUUCCUUUAGCUUCAAAGUGUUGUUGCUGUCAUAAUGCUCAGAUGGAGACAAUAAACCAUCUGCUUCUGUGUGGAGAGUUGGCUACAAAGUGGAGAAAUAAUAGGCUUCAUGGUGGUACAAUGAAUCUGAAUAGAGUGAUAUAUGACAUAAAUAUGAACAUUCAUAUGUUAUGUAAAGUUCAGUUUCCUGGGUUGAAUAUUCCAACUAUAUGGCAUCAGAUUGUGCAAUUCUUUGAAGGAUAUAAGCCUACUGUUAGAUGCAGAAUUAUUAAAUGGAGGAGACCUGCAUCUGGAGUUUACAAGUGUAAUACUGAUGGAGCUGUUAAUGGAAAUCCAGGUCCAAGUUCUGCUGCUUUUUGUAUAAGAAAUGAUGAGGGAGAUUUGGUGUAUGUAGCUGCUAAAAAUUUGACAGAUGGAACAAAUAUUGUGGCUGAGACUGAGGCUAUUAGGAUGGGACUGAGGUACUGUUUCCAUUGA